AGAAGAGAAUCUGCUUACAAAAGAAAGAAGGCAGUGUUAAGUCUCUGAUUUCUUCUUGAUAACAUUACUAUUAUGUACAGAUUCAGCAACACAGUUAUUGGGGUCUUAAACCUCCUCACCUUACUAGCCUCGAUUCCAAUCAUAGGAACUGCUUUAUAUAAGGCAAGAAGCAGCACGACAUGUGAAAACUUCCUCCAGACGCCGCUACUUGUUAUUGGUUUCAUCAUACUCUUAGUAUCGCUCGCGGGCUUCAUAGGAGCCUGCUUCAACGUCGCAUGGGCUCUUUGGGUAUAUUUAGUGGUCAUGAUCUUCCUCAUCGCGACUCUAAUGGGUCUAACGCUGUUUGGUCUGGUGGUGACGAGCCAAGGAGGUGGAGUGGAAGUUCCAGGGAGGGUUUAUAAAGAGUAUAGGCUUGGAGACUAUCAUCCAUGGUUAAGAGAGAGAGUUAGGGAUCCUCAGUAUUGGAACUCUAUUAGAAGCUGUAUCUUGAGUUCCAAGACUUGUACUAAGAUUGAGUCUUGGACUACACUUGAUUAUUUCCAAAGAGACAUGACUUCUGUUCAGUCGGGAUGUUGUAAGCCACCGACGGCGUGCACGUACGAAGCUGGAGUAGUGGAUGGAGGAGGAGAUUGCUACAGAUGGAACAAUGGAGUGGAGAUGUUAUGCUACGAGUGCGAUGCUUGCAAGGCUGGUGUUCUCGAAGAGAUCCGUCUCGACUGGAGAAAGUUAUCGGUUGUCAACAUUCUCAUCCUCGUCCUCCUCAUCGCGGUCUACGCAGCUGGUUGCUGCGCCUUCCAUAACACUCGCCACGCGGCUCAUCCUUACCAUCCAUCUGAUGAUAACCGGAUGACCAGAGUCCGUCCUCGUUGGGACUAUUACUGGUGGAGAUGGUGGCACGAAAAGAAAGAGCAGCUUUACUGAAAUCCUCUUCGUCUUUUGUUUCUUAAACAUUUUCGUUUUAGCAAACUGAGAUUAAGAAAACACAAAGAUGAAA